CAUGACUUUUUGGAAAGUAUCUAACAUUACUUUAUGAACAAGAAAAAUUAUUAUACAGUGAAUUUGUGUCCUAUUUGUUAAUAAAGAAUUAGGCAAUGUCAGGAACCAGGGAUAAUGCAGCCAAACUCGGCGAAUUUGAAAAUGUGCGAGUGGUGGUACGAGUUCGACCACUAAGUAAAAAGGAAUUGGAAAAUAAUUGUAAAAAAAUAACCAAAAUUGACACCCUAAAUGCAGAAAUAACAAUAGAAAACGCCAAUCGUGGUGAACCCCCUAAAGUAUUUUCCUUCGAUGCGGUUUUUGAUACAAAUUCAACCCAAGUCGAUAUUUACAAUGAAACUGCUCGUCCCAUCGUUGAAAAAGUUUUGCAAGGCUACAAUGGAACAAUUUUUGCCUAUGGGCAAACUGGAACUGGAAAGACUUAUACUAUGUCUGGAGAAAAAACGUCUCCGCAGGUCAGAGGCAUCAUUCCAAAUACUUUUGCUCACAUUUUUGGACAUAUUGCAAAGGCCGAUGAAAAUCGAAAGUUUUUGGUGCGAGCGACUUUUUUAGAAAUAUACAAUGAAGAAGUUAGGGAUUUGUUAGGAAAAGAUCAGAAUAUUAGACUGGAAGUUAAAGAGAGGGCAGAUAUUGGGGUUUUUGUCAAGGACCUCAGUGCAUACGUCGUCAAUAAUGCUGAUGAUCUGGAUAGAAUUAUGACUCUUGGAAAUAAAAAUCGUAUCGUAGGGGCAACCGCAAUGAAUGAAUCAAGUUCAAGAUCCCAUGCAAUUUUCACAAUCACUGUGGAAUCCAGUCAAGUUGGAGAAGAUGGGCAACAGCACGUGAAAAUGGGAAAGCUUCAUUUAGUUGAUUUGGCUGGUUCAGAACGUCAAAGCAAGACAAAAGCAAGUGGCCUCCGUUUGAGGGAAGCCGCAAAAAUUAAUUUAUCGUUAUCAACAUUAGGAAAUGUUAUUUCUGCCCUUGUCGAUGGUCAAAGUUCCCAUGUGCCUUACAGAAAUUCAAAAUUAACGAGGUUGCUGCAAGAUUCCCUAGGUGGCAAUUCCAAAACUCUCAUGUGUGCUAAUAUAAGUCCAGCAGACUUCAAUUAUGAGGAGACAAUAAGCACUUUGCGUUAUGCAAAUAGAGCCAAAAAUAUAAAAAAUCGAGCAAGAAUAAAUGAAGAUCCCAAAGAUGCACUUCUUCGACAAUUUCAAGUCGAAAUAGAAGAAUUGCGAAAACAAUUGGAGGAAAAUGGUGCAGAAAUUUCAGAAGAGGAUUCUGAUGAUUCUGAGGAAACUGGAGAAACAAGGAGGGAAAGAAUGGCAAGGCAUAGAAAAAGUCAAAUGAUGUCGAUGGAAGAACUGGAAGAUAAAUUAAAUCGAGAAAAAGUUGAUGAAAUUCUAGAAGAUGAUAAGAAUUCUGAUGACAAUGUGACUGAAUUAAAAUGCACCCAGAGCGAAAAGGAAGCACUUCGAGCGAAAAUUCAGAAUCUUCAAAAGAAGAUUAUAGUUGGUGGGGAAAAUCUGUUAGAGAAAGCUGAAGCUCAGGAGCAAAUUUUGGCUGCAUCUGCAAUUGAAUUAGACGAGAGGAAAAGUCGUGAAGAACAAUUAAAAAAAGCAAUAGAAGAAAAAGAAGCAGAAAGAAUAAAUAUAGAAGAAAAAUAUUCUUCUUUGCAAGAAGAGGCUGCAGGAACAACGAAAGAACUUGCCAGAUAUGAGACGAUGAUAUUAUCAACAAAAGCAGAAUUUUCUGAUUUGCAAAAAGAGACACAAAGAGAAAUUGAAGGACUUUUGGAAGCAGUCAAAGAAGUAGAAAGAGAGUUGAGACUUCAGGAAAUCGUUAUAAAUAGUUAUAUACCUUUUCAUUACCAAAAUAUGAUUGAAAAUUAUGUUCGCUGGAACGAAGAUAUUGGAGAAUGGCAACUUAAAUGUAUAGCCUACACUGGAAAUAAUAUACGAAAAGCUCAAGCGACUACUGAAGUUGAGAGUAGUAAAGAUCAAAGUCUGCCGGAUUUAUCCAAUAUCUACCUUUCCUAUAAGAGUGGAGGAGAAGAAAAUUUGGCUCCUUCCAGAAAAUAA